AUGAAAAAAUUAGAAGCCUUCUGUUUGGAGGACAACUCAGAUGAUGAUUCAUUAGAUCAAACUCAUCAGAUUUCAAUUCAAACCGAAAUCAAGUACAAACAAAUCAGAGACAUAGCCACCAAAAUCAUUCUAUGCUACGCCAUAGACUUUGAUUUGCCCAUCAUCCCCUUUCUACAAUACUUCCAGUUUAUAAGAGUUUUGAAUUCUGAAGACACCAUUUCAAUCGAAGCCACCAAACCACUCAUUAAAUAACUGUUGAAUAUCAAAGAACUCGAAAUGAUCACCAGAGACACCCACCUAAAUGACAUACUCAAUCAAACCUACUCACUAAAUCAACUCAACUCCAUCGCCUAAAACUUUGAAAACAAAUACAAGCAUUACCUACAAAAAUCACAACCAUCCAACAUCUGUCAACUCACCAAAAUCAUCUACAAUCAAAGAGAAAAACUCUUGGAAAAACUUGAAAAAAUAUUCCAAGACCAAAAUUUACAGGAAUUUAUGCAAAAGGGAAAAGAGUAAUUGAAGAAAGCCCCACUUGAAUCCUGGAAGAAUAACAAGAAGGAUUACGAAGAAUAACAACUACCUAUUGCCUAAACAUUCAUUAAUUUAAAUAAAAUUAAGAAAUUUCUAGAUGAAAAGAAGGAAGAAGAAACCUAUGCAACUGGUAAAAUGAAUCGUAAGAAAAAUCAAAUGAUACGCAUCGUCAGGAAAAUCAUUAAAAAAAGAAGACCCAAAACUUAAAACGAAAAAUUCUGUACCCAAGUACACUCUAGGAGAUUCAUCAAAAGGAUAUUUCAAUUACUCCUAUCAAGGCAGGAAUCAUACCCUGAAAUUUUCUAUUGUCUGACUGUUAAGUUUGAAAAGAAAACUGCAGACAAGAUUCAAUUCACCCUUAACAACAGAUUCAAAACCUAUAUUGAAAAUGACACCUACAUUCACAACCUACUUAAUGAAGAACUGGUUAAGAAGGGGUAUAAUCCUGUAAAAUUGAACACAGAUCAAGUUAAUUUGGAGGACUUCUAUCAAUGUUUCAAUUUGAAUCUCCAACCUCAAGAAGUAUCUGAAGCUAAAGUUGUUUAUGAAAUGAUUGUCUAAGUGUUUGAAUAGAAGGAAAUGCAUCGACUUAGAUUAUAUCCAAUCUUUAACUGUACCAAGUUUACCUUUUUAGAAUAAUAAAUUGCAUAAAUUGACACCAUUGAGAAAUACCAAACUCCGCAAUUCCUUAAAUUCAAAUCCAUCGUCGAGGAUAUUAAAUAUUAUUUAGAUACAAAUAAACUGUAAAUUGAGAAAGAAAUGCAAGCCUUAAAAGAUAAUUAGGUAUAAACAACUGAAAAAUAAUAGAAUAAAAAAGAAAAGGUGGAACCAAAAGUUGAAAGUUGA